AUGUUUACUUUCAAUUUAAGCACUUGGGUGAUCAAAAACUUUGUGCUUCAUACCCUUCUAAGCCAAAAAUGCGAAAAACUAUACUUUGAAAUUAACAAUGCACAAAUUAUCUGCAUUCAACUUUUGAACCAAGAUAAUUUAUUUGACAUAAUACGUGUAAUGUGCAAAAACGUUAUAAGACUGAACAAAUGUCAGAACUACAAGUUGAAUUUACUGGGUUUCUUCAAUAUAGACGCCAAGUUUCCUCUAAGAUUCGUUGGACUUCUUGCGACGCAUGCUGUCGUAUUGUUACAAUUCGCGUUAAAUAAAUGA